AUGGGAGCAGAUAACAAGAGUCCAAAAUCCAUAAUUGUAAAACUCAGUAGCCGCUCAAGAAAGGAUGCGAUAAUUGGUGCAAUUCAAGGACAUAGAGGUGAACAAGCAAAGAACAGAAGAAUCCUGAUUGAAUUUAUCACAUACCUGAAGAAACAAACAAUUUUCAAAAACGUUUCUAAGCUGAAGGGAAAAAAGAUUUCAAUCCUACACGACCGUUGUGAAGAAGACAGGGAAAAGCAAAAUGUCUUGCUAAGACAUCACAAAGAAGCGAGAAAACGAAACAAACAAACGAGAAUCAAAGGGCUCAAGCUUGAAAUUGAAAGCAAGCUGUAUACCCCAGAAGAACUUGAAUAUACGGACAGCGAAAAAGAGGGAGAAGAAUAUCACGAGGACGAAGAAGAAGAAGAGGAAGAAAGUCUUGUAAUCGACGAAUCGAUCACUGAUUCGAAGAAAACGGUUGUUGUGAACGGAAACUCUGAGAAAACAGUGCAGAAGAGGAAGGUAGCUGAAAAUAGUGUAACACCAACCAAUACCAGACUUACUAGAAAACACAAGGGUUUACACAACAAAUAA